GUCCAGCAACAUUGGAAGUCCUGCUCGCCAUCAACCAUCAUGACCAAGGUGAUUCUCGCCAUUAAUGCGGGCUCCAGCUCCGUCAAAGUCUCCGUCUUCUCAUACGAGUCGUCAACAACAGAGCCCAAACAACUCGCAGAAAUCCAGAUUUCAGGCCUCACAGCACCUCCCGCAAAGUUGAAAUACAGCCGCGGCGACCAGAAUAUCAAGGAUCAAGAUGUCAAGGAAGUCAGCUCGCAAGAGUCCGCUUACGAAUACAUCAUCAAGCACCUCACGGAAGACUCCGGCCUGCCAGAAUUGAAACACCGUGAUGACAUCGAAUUCGCUUGUCAUCGUGUUGUUCACGGAGGCGAUUAUGACCGGCCUACGAGGAUCGACAGAGAUACAUAUCAUCACUUGGAAAAGCUGACUGAUCUGGCGCCUUUGCACAAUGCGGGUGCUUUGACAAUCGUCCGAGCCGUUCAUGCCAAUAAUGAAAAGGUCAACAACAUCGCUUUCUUCGAUUCAGCUUACCAUGCGACGAUCCCGAGACAAAUCACAACCUAUGCAAUUGACCCCAAAGUCGCAGCACAUAACAAGCUGAGAAAGUAUGGUUUUCACGGGAUAUCCUACCAGUUCAUCACCCGUAGCGUAGCUUCUCAUCUCAACAAACCCAUCGAGGCCACGAAUAUCAUCGCUCUUCACCUCGGCUCAGGAGCAUCGGUGUGUGCCGUUGAGAACGGAAAAUCCUUGGACACGUCUAUGGGCUUGACACCUCUAGCCGGUCUGCCUGGAGCUACGCGAUCCGGAGAUGUGGAUCCAUCGCUCAUCUUCCAUUUCACGCACGAUGCUGGUAAACUCAGCCCAUCCAGCACGAAAGACAUCGGUAUCACGCAAGCGGAAGACAUCCUCAACAAAAAGUCUGGGUGGUCGGUCAUGACGGGUACGACAGACUUUGGAGUUAUAUCGCAGAAAGCUGAAGACGGAGAUGAACAAUGCAAACUGGCAUUUGACAUCUUCGUCGAUCGAAUACUCGGAUUCGUGGGUUCUUAUUAUGUCAAACUGGGAGGAAAGGUGGACGCGCUGGUCUUCGCCGGCGGGAUUGGCGAGAAGGGCGUCCAACUCAGACAAGCUGUGAGUGAGAAGGUCAAAUGCUUAGGAUUCGAGAUGGACGAGAGCAAGAAUCGGAAUAUGACGGGAGAGGGAGCCGUGGAAGAUAUUGGAACGGAGGGCAGCAAGCACAGGCUACUUGUUGUGCAGACUGAUGAGCAGGCUGAAAUGGCAAGGCAGUGUGCCCAGCUAGCGGAUGAGUUGAGGAAAAAGUAGAGUGAAGGUUGGAAGUCAUCGAUCAGGCAGUAACCUGGUUCGCGUUGCAUUGAAUGUAACUAGUCUGACUCUGAUCAGUCACGCAGAAUAUACGAGGAGCAGCAUCUCUUCUAUCUACAGUCGUCA